AUGGGGAACGCUGCGAACAAAGUGGCCUUCCUAACUGACGAUCGCGCAAAAGGGAAAAACAAACCGCCAGACAAAAAGUACAACAUUCUAAUUUUGGGCCUUAACGGCUCAGGCAAAACAACGCUACUGUAUCAUAAUUUUAUUCCAGAAUGGACAGACAUCGCGUCGCACAUGGAACCAACCAUAUCUUACCACUACGAGGAGAUUAAAUGGAUAAAUGGGAGAAUCGGCUUUUGGGACAUGUCAGGGAAUCCAGUAAUGAGGAACAUUUGGCAACUGAUUUAUCGGAACGUAAAAGUGAACGCAAUUUUAUACGUUAUUAACAUAAUGGACAUAUCGGAUGAAAUUUUAAGAGAGAACAAUUCACUCAUAAGUCUUCUACUGAACGAUGAAUGUCUGCAAGCGUCCUGCGUAGUGUUAGUCUUUAACACCUUUAAUGAUGUAGACAGUGUGGAUGAAGCCACAAAAAAUCAGGUAUACCUUAAGUACAGAAUUAAAGAUUUGAUAAACCAUUAUGGGAAUAGAAUUCAUCACAUUUUUGUUGAUUGCAAAAAUUGUAAGUUGGAUAAAAACUGGAUGGGCUUGAUGCAACAAAUUUCCUACUACUUCUGAGGUAAAAAGGAAAAGAAAAGUGUCCACUGCAUUGCGUGCUAAUUGGGGGGAAGAAAUGAGUCUUCUCACGCGUCAGAAGAGAAUUGGCCAGACGGGGCUCUCUCUAAAUGUAUACAUAUCGUACAUAUAUGUGUGUUUGCAUGUUUCAGCUGUGCAUAUGAAGUUUGUGCUGUUCUGCUUAGUUAACUUCAAUUUGACUUUACCGACUUUGUGGGCGAAGCGCUUUUUUUGCAAACCUUCCCUAAGGCGACAACUCCUUCAAAAAAAAAUGUGUCCC